UCAAUUAAGAUAAUACUCGUACUAACUAAGAAGUGCUCACCCUCAUUGUCGUAGACCAAACCAAAAUUCAUAUAAUAAAACAAAACAUUUACAGCUGCAAAUUAUAAUUAGCUGAUUUCGUCAGACCACGAAACCGUCUGGUCGGGAAACGACACCUCCGCAUCCACCACCUGCAGACACCGUUUCAUUGUUUUCGCGGCGUUUGCUGCGGCGCCCCAUUUCCACCACCAUCGUAAACAACACACAGAAAUUAUGAGUUCGGAUUCAGAAACAGGUUUAGGAGGAGGAAAUGAUCUUAGGAAACCUUUUCUUCAUACAGGAAGUUGGUAUCGAAUGGGUUCGAGGCAAUCCAGUUUAAUGGGUUCUUCUCAAGUCAUUCGAGAAAGUUCUAUUUCUGUUCUUGCUUGUGUUCUAAUCGUCGCCCUUGGUCCUAUUCAAUUUGGUUUUACUUGUGGUUAUUCAUCUCCAACUCAAUCUGCAAUUACUGAAGAACUUGGUCUUUCUGUUGCCGAGUACUCCUGGUUUGGUUCUUUAUCCAACGUGGGAGCUAUGGUUGGUGCGAUUGCAAGUGGUCAAAUUUCCGAGUAUAUUGGAAGAAAAGGGUCUUUGAUGAUUGCCGCUGUUCCCAACAUAAUUGGAUGGCUUGCUAUAUCAUUUGCCAAAGAUUCUUCAUUUUUGUAUAUGGGAAGGAUGUUGGCAGGCUUUGGCGUGGGAAUAAUUUCAUACACGGUUCCUGUGUACAUUGCUGAAAUAGCACCCCAGACUAUGAGAGGAGCAUUGGGUUCAGUAAAUCAGCUAUCUGUUACAAUAGGCAUAAUGCUGGCUUAUUUGCUGGGGCUGUUUGUUCCGUGGAGAAUACUUGCCGUUUUAGGAAUAUUGCCAUGCACAAUAUUGAUACCUGGUUUAUUCUUCAUACCAGAAUCUCCUAGGUGGUUGGCCAAAAUGGGCUUGAUGGAAGAUUUUGAGGUUUCCUUGCAAGUUCUUCGUGGUUUUGACACUGAUAUAUCUAUCGAGGUUAAUGAAAUCAAGAGAUCUGUUGCUUCAAGUAGUAAAAGAACCACCAUAAGGUUUGCAGAACUACGACAAAGAAGAUAUUGGUUUCCUUUGAUGGUAGGCAAUGGAUUACUUAUCUUGCAACAACUAAGUGGAAUCAAUGGUGUUCUUUUCUAUUCCAGUACCAUCUUCAAAGAGGCUGGGGUUUCAUCCAGCAAUGCAGCAACAGUCGGCCUUGGGGCUGUUCAGGUUGUUGCAACUAUGGUAACUACCUGGCUGGUGGAUAAAUCAGGACGCAGGUUUCUUCUAAUUGUCUCUUCUGCUGGGAUGACCUUUAGCCUUUUGGUGGUUGCAGCGUCCUUUUUCUUAAAGGAUAUUGUAUCAGAUGAAUCUGCAUGGUACAGUGCAUUCUCCAUCCUUUCGGUUGUUGGAGUCGUGGCAAUGGUGGUUUGUUUCUCAUUAGGAAUUGGUGCCAUUCCAUGGAUUAUAAUGUCAGAGAUUCUUCCAAUUAACAUCAAGGGGCUAGCCGGAAGUAUCGCUACACUUGCCAACUGGUUCGUCGCAUGGGUUGUCACAAUGACUGCAAAUAUAAUGUUGUCUUGGAACAGUGGAGGUACCUUUUCUAUUUACAUGGUGGUUUGUGCUUUUACUGUGGCGUUCGUGUACCUUUGGGUCCCUGAGACAAAGGGAAGAACAUUGGAGGAGAUACAAUGGUCCUUCAGAUGAUAGACCUGAACGUCCGUCAUGCAGUAGGCUUGAUUCAGUCCCAUUUGCAACUUGGUUGGUGGAUCCAGUAAUGCCUGGUAGAUACUUUAAAGGCACAUCAACACAUGUCUACCUUUUAUCAUUCACUCAAAAUCAAAGUAACUUAUGGAGGAGUUGUGUAUUGCGAGCUGCCCUGCCCUGCCAUUUUGUUUUUUAUUUUUUUUAGUUUUCUUUUCUCUUUGUCUUUCCCUUUCCCUUCUUCUUGCUACCUGAAAAUGUUAAUGUUAAUAUUCGUUGUUUAUCUUGAGUACAACAGCUGUAUCAUUCUAGCAGUAAACCAGUUUUUUGUUUAUUUUUUUAAAAAAAAUCCAAGUGAUGUUUUAUUAGCUGAAUUGAGAGCGAUUUCCUUCAA